GCAAUCAAGACUGUUUGGUUCAUUAGUGGAGGGAACCGAAGAGGAGGGACAUGUAAGAUAGCCACGAAUCUACAGUGGUCAGGGCAAGACUCAGACCGAGUUCCCAUGAUUUUCGCAUCGACGUUUUCGAAGUAGCUUCGUUUUCUGCAGUGUGUCUUUGGGCGAAGAAUGGAAAUCGUCGUCCCAUACUGAAGUGUGAAUGUUGUCCUGACGGAUGUUAUUACUCUGCCACACCGGAUCUUCAGAAUCGGGAGUAACCGUAGCCUACCAGUCAUUUUCCCGUUUACCUUCAUUGGAAACGUCAAUGAUUUUAUUCUUGGCACUGGUUCCCAAAAUUCGUCACUGAUUUUAUCAGUCGUUGAGAAGGCGAUUAUUAUUUUUUGUCUACUGGACAUAUACGAGUUGUGGGCGCACAUUUUCGAAUAUAAUCAUUUCAUCUUACUUUUUGGAUGCACCGAUGAGAGAUCCAGUUCUCACGCGGACCACUAUGGCUUAUCACCCUUUUCACGCGCAUCGGCCGGCUGACUUCCCCAUGUCAGCAUUUCUUGCUGCGGCUCAGCCCUCGUUCUUUCCGACUCUCAGUCUGCCUCCGGGUCUCACCAAACCUCUGGCGGACCACGCUCUUUCGGGGGCCGCGGAAGCUGGCUUACACGCGGCGCUGGGGCAUCACCACCAGACGGCUCAUCUUCGCUCUCUCAAAAGUCUGGAACCGGAGGAAGACGUCGAGGACGAUCCUAAAGUUACAUUAGAGGCUAAGGAACUUUGGGACCAAUUUCACAAACUUGGAACUGAAAUGGUCAUCACGAAAUCGGGAAGGAGAAUGUUUCCCCCUUACAAAGUUCGUGUAAAUGGUCUCGACAAAAAAGCGAAAUAUAUCCUGUUGAUGGAUAUUGUUGCGGCGGAUGACUGUCGCUACAAAUUCCACAACUCCCGCUGGAUGGUAGCGGGAAAGGCCGACCCCGAGAUGCCCAAACGAAUGUACAUUCACCCGGACAGUCCUGCAACAGGAGAACAGUGGAUGGCGAAGCCUGUUACCUUCCACAAACUGAAACUGACGAACAAUAUUUCGGACAAACACGGAUUUACCAUACUGAAUUCAAUGCAUAAAUACCAGCCCAGGUUUCAUAUCGUUAGAGCCAAUGACAUCCUCAAGCUGCCGUACAGCACUUUCAGGACAUAUGUAUUUCCGGAGACUGAUUUUAUAGCCGUCACUGCAUAUCAAAACGACAAGAUUACACAGCUGAAAAUUGAUAACAAUCCUUUUGCCAAGGGAUUCCGAGACACAGGAAACGGAAGAAGAGAAAAAAGUUCGAUCUUUAGGAAACAGUUAACCCUUCCAUCGUUGCGAGUGUACGACGAGCAAUGCAAAAUGGAUCGCGACGGAGGAGAUUCAGACGCUUCAUCUUGUGAACAAAAUACCGGGAGGGAAUCGGUUAAGUCUCCUCUCGAAACAGUAACAAGUCCGCUAAAAUUCAACAAGACCAAUCAAGAUGAGAAAAAUUGCAUCGAGAGCGACCAAGAACUUGACCAGCACGAGGAGCAGUCUAUGACUGAAAACAGUCCAGGUCCGCAACAGCAAUCUCCCUUCAGGACAAGCAGUGAGGACAGGGUCAAGGAGAGGCCUGGCCUCGACAACAAAGCGGACUACCUGGAUGCGAGCAAAGAAAGCGACUCCGCCUUCCGCAUCAGAAACCUGGAGAAAGACAGGUCAGACGGCAAGAGUAACAAAGCAUCGGAAAGCACCAAGAAGGAUUCGGGUCUAAGCGGGAUCAAAGAGAGCUUUUCUCCGCUCGUGGUUCAAACGGAGAGCCCGUCGCACUUCAGCCACCUGCAAAGCCUGGCGCUGUCCGGUUUGCACGGCCAGCACUUCUUUAACCCUUUGACCGCGGGGCAACCAGUGCUGUUUCACCCGAGUCAGUUUGCAAUGGCUCCUGGCGCAUUCUCCACCAUGGGCAUGGGACACUUGUUUGCAUCUAUGUCGGGGACGAGUGGAUUAGAGAAUGGAGGCCUGUCACCUCAAGGCACGGGGGCAUCUGGUUCUUUCCCGUUUCACCUAUCACAGCACAUGCUUGCUUCUCAGGGUAUCUCGAUGCCGCCAUUCGGUAGCCUACUGCCGUACCCGUACACCUACAUGGCGGCAGCGGCCGCCGCAGCCUCGUCUCUCCCCGCCGGCAGCGUGGCCUCCUCGCUCCACCGGAACCCUUUCCUGAGCAGUGCGCGACCGAGAUUGCGAUUCAGCCCUUAUCAGAUCCCUCAGGGCUCUGGCCUGCUCGCCACCGGACUCCCAAGCGCUCUGAGUGUGGAAUCUGGAUCCUCCAAAUCGGGCAGUAGGGAGAGCAGUCCCGUGUCUGAGCCCCAUAGUCACAAGGCCUGUGCCAACCAGAGGGCUGGAUCCCCCAAAAUGUCCAUGAAAGAUUCCAUUAACGAACUGCAGAACAUACAAAGGCUGGUCAGCGGAUUAGAAAAACAAAGAGACAUGUCCCCAGGUAGAGAUUCUCCUAAGUGACCGAUCAUGACACAUUAAACAUUUCCGUCCUUUCUCAGUUGGGCACUUUGUGGUGUUUGAAAGCCGCAUUCACAAUCUCCAUCAAAGUUCGUAUUUCAUAAAAAAAUUGAGAAAGCUCGGGUCAUAAGAAUGUGGGUCCCAUGCCUAUACACCUGGAAUCUGGGGAAAAUGUGGGUUUGUCAUUGUGUUUUCGAGAGUUUUAACCCAGCGAUGAACGAAUGACGAAUUCAGAACCCAAAGUGUCCUCGUUGAACUGUCCUCAUUGAUGAUUUCUCAAUCAGUAAGAUAACUCAACUGACGCCGAAUCAUAUGGUUUUGCUUUCUCGCCUGAGCUUGUCCAUAAGUAGCCUACUACAUUUCAAAAGGGACUGACAACGUAUCUACAGGAUGGGAUGGUCAACAUAUUGCUUGUGUCUGGGACCUGUUUUUCUAAUUAUUUAUAUGUAAUAUUAAAACAGAAAUUAUGUAAAUACGUUGAAUUGAUCCAAGAAGAUACAUUUUAAUUUAUUCGAACUGUACAUUGGUGUGUAAAUACUAUUUAGUUUUCAAUUUGUUACAUUUAUAUUUUCCCAGUUACCUGACUGUAUAUGAAUAUUACGUAGCGCUUGUUUGUAUGAAACUGAAUGUGUUUCGAUGUUUGUCAUGCAUUGCAGUUUAUGUUUUGCGACGUGUGAAGGAAAGGCGCGACACUGCAAAUCUUGCUUUCUGAUGCUAGGUUUCAUUUCGUAGUCCUAAAUGCAAUUUAUUGCGUUGCAAGUUUUAAUACAGUGAUAGGCAGGGACAUCUCAGGUUUCCUUUUUUCAGUCUGUCCCGGAAAGAGUCUUUAAAAAACAAACAAAAAACGUUCCUCAUCCAAGAGAUGUUAUUCUGACAUCCUCUUUGGGCUGGAUAUUCGGGUAAAUUACCAUGGUUUUGUUGCAUUCUUUACAUUUCAAUAAAAUAAAAGUGUUGCACA